GGAUGCAUAUAUCUCAAUGGUGUAAAUCAAACCAAACACUCUCUAGAAAGAAUUGAGAUCUGCAAGGAAUGCAAAAAUGCCAUUGCCAUUCUCAACACUGUUUGAAGUGAAGUGAAGUGGUCACUCUCUUGACUUGGUGCACUGCACGACUCGAAUUAACAAAAGUAAUUAACCAUUCAAAGUUGCCUAUUCUUUUCUUUUCUUUCUCUACCUUCCCUUUCGCUUCAUUUUCUCCAAUUUCCCCGCAGAAAAUGGCACAGCUAUCGGAGACCUAUGCCUGUGUUCCCUCAACUGAACGGGGCAGAGGAAUUCUAAUAUCGGGCAAUCCAAAAUCCAAUUCCAUUCUCUACACUAACAACAGAUCAGUUCUAAUCCUUAACCUCGACAACCCACUUGACGUUUCUGUUUAUGGAGAUCAUGGCUACCAAGCCACUGUCGCUCGUUACUCUCCUAAUGGCGAGUGGAUCGCUUCUGCUGACGUCUCUGGUACUGUCAGGAUCUGGGGUGCUUAUAAUGAUCAUGUUUUGAAGAAAGAAUUUAAAGUUUUGUCGGGUCGGAUCGAUGAUCUUCAGUGGUCUCCUGAUGGGUUAAGGAUCGUUGCUUGUGGUGAUGGCAAAGGAAAAUCUUUAGUGCGUGCUUUCAUGUGGGAUUCAGGGACUAAUGUAGGGGAAUUUGAUGGGCAUUCAAGGAGAGUGUUGAGCUGUGGAUUUAAGCCAACAAGGCCAUUUCGUAUUGUGACUUGUGGUGAGGAUUUCUUGGUCAAUUUUUAUGAGGGUCCUCCUUUUAAAUUCAAGCUAUCUCGCAGGGAUCAUUCAAAUUUUGUCAAUUGCGUUAGAUAUUCUCCAGAUGGCAGCAAAUUCAUCAGUGUAAGCUCCGAUAAGAAGGGCAUACUAUUCGAUGGGAAGACCGGAGAAAAGAUAGGAGAGCUGUCCUCUGGAGAUGGUCAUAAGGGAAGCAUUUAUGCUGUUAGCUGGAGUCCAGAUGGUAAACAGGUGCUGACUGCUUCUGCUGACAAGUCAGCAAAAGUUUGGGAGAUUUGUGAUGAUGGUAAUGGAAAAUUGAAGAAGACAUUGACAUGUUCUGGAUCAGGUGGACUGGAUGACAUGCUAGUUGGUUGCCUCUGGCAGAAUGAUCAUCUUGUCACUGUUUCCCUUGGCGGCACAAUCAGUAUCUUCUCAGCAAAUGAUCUUGAUAAAACACCCCAACAGAUAUCUGGACAUAUGAAGAAUGUCACAUCAUUAGCGGUGCUUAAAAAUGUGCCAAAAACCAUACUUUCGAGCAGUUAUGAUGGUUUGAUAGUGAAAUGGAUUCAAGGCAUUGGAUACAGCUGUAAAGUACAUAGGAAAGAGAAUACUCAAAUCAAAUGUUUAGCUGCUGUUGAAGAGGAAAUCGUCACGUCUGGAUUUGAUAAUAAGAUAUGGAGAGUUCAUUUUCAAGGGGAUCAAUGUGGAGGUGCUGAUUCCAUUGACAUUGGCAGUCAACCAAAAGACUUGAGUCUUGCCCUUCUGUGUCCUGAGCUUGUAUUGGUCACAAUUGAUUCUGGUGUUGUCAUGCUCCGUGGUACAAAAAUAGUGUCAACUAUCGAUCUUGGUUUUGCUGUAACAGCAUCUGCAGUUGCACCUGAUGGAAGUGAAGCAAUCAUAGGUGGGCAGGAUGGUAAAUUGCAUAUAUAUUCUGUUAUGGGUGAUACGCUCAAGGAAGAAGCAGUCCUUGAGAAGCAUCGUGGUGCUGUCAGUGUCAUACGUUACUCUCCAGAUGUUUCAAUGUUUGCAUCUGGUGAUGCAAAUAGAGAAGCUAUUGUUUGGGAUCGUGUCUCCCGAGAGGUGAAGCUUAAGAACAUGUUGUACCAUACUGCUCGUAUAAACUGCCUUGCUUGGUCUCCUGAUAGUAGCAUGGUUGCUACUGGAUCACUAGAUACUUGUGUCAUUAUAUAUGAAGUUGACAAGCCAGCCACUAGUCGACGGACAAUAAAGGGAGCUCACUUGGGCGGGGUAUAUGGAUUAGCUUUCACUGAUCAGCUGAGUGUAGUAAGCUCUGGUGAGGAUGCUUGUGUUCGUCUUUGGAAAUUAAGCCCUCAGUCAUGCUGAUUUAUUGAAGGCCAUCGCAAGGAAAGUAAGGUCAAAAAGUAUGAAGUUCGGCCACCAGCUGAAUUGCUUUGAAUUUUGUUUGUUGUGAAGUUUGUGUUGCAAUGAUUUAGGAGAGAGUUUGAAGAAUAAGCAUAUAUUAGUGAAGAUUGAAAUGCCUCUUCUAGUUAUCGCGUCACGUUGGAAAUGCUCAUCUAGAAAUAGCAGUUUUGAGUGGGUUGUGAUUUAUUCCCUUUUAUAGCUUGAAGUUGGUAUUGUUUCCACAUGGUGAUUGAAGUAGGGAAACUUCUUUAGUCUUGUCUUUUUCCGCCACCGGUGUUUUGUGCCGUCUGUCUUUGUGCAGUGGGAGGUUUCAGAAGUUUUAGAUGAGCUUAGAUAUGUCAUAUAUCCAGAGUUUUAUUUAUACAUCAGAAACUGUUCGAAAUAGCAUGCGGCAGAGAAGCAAAUUUCGGGUAUGAUCACUCUCUCUCUCCUUUGGUUGUAAGAUGAUUGUUGAUGAAACUAGCACAUUACUCUUCUUUUUCAGUGAUAAUGGUGCUAGUGAAUGUUGUCAUAUUAGAUGUCGUCCUCCCCCUCCCCCUCCCCCACCUUUAGUUAUAGUCUCGAGUGUUGUGAUCUCUUUAUAGAAUUUAUUUUUUGUAUGCAGCUCUGCUAUCUACUGUUUAAACUGUUUUUGUCUUCUGUCAA